CUUUAUUUGAACCAAGUUGAUGGGCAUUGUAGCACUAGCCUUUAUUUAGAAAUUUACUUAUAAUUAUACUUUUAAUUAUACUACAUCAGAUUCAUUUAAAUAUGGAUUUAAAAUUACUUCUCGCAAUAUUACUAGUGUUCAUAUUUUCCUCUAAAACAGUUACAAUAUGUUCUGCAGAAGAAAAUAAUAAGGAUUGGUGGAAAAGAACAAAUUAUUAUCAAAUUUACCCGAAAUCUUUCCAAGAUAAUGAUGGGAAGAAAGGUAUUGGGAAUUUAGACGGUAUUAGAGGACGUUUGUCAUAUUUGAAAGAGAUAGGUAUUAACGCCACAUGGUUGUCACCAAUUUUCAAAUCUCCUAUGGUUGAUAAUGGUUAUGACAUAUCCGAUUUCAAACAAAUCGAUCCUUUGUUUGGAAGUAUGUAUGCUUUUGAGCGCCUGAUUGAGAGGGCGAAAGAAAUUGGAGUUAAAAUUAUAUUAGAUUUUGUACCGAAUCAUAGUAGUGAUCAGCAUGAAUGGUUCAAAAAAUCUGUUGAAAGAGAAAAGGGUUAUGAAAACUAUUAUGUAUGGCAUGAUGGCAUACCAGACAAAAAAAACGAAAGUAUUCGUUUGCCUCCAAACAAUUGGAGGAGUGUUUUUCGUGGCAGUGCAUGGACAUGGAAUGAAAAAAGAAAACAAUUUUAUUACCAUCAAUUUUACAAACAGCAGCCCGAUUUAAAUUUUCGCGAAGAAAAAGUAAAGGAAGAAAUGAAAGAUAUUUUGACCUAUUGGUUAGAAAAAGGAGUGGACGGUUUCAGAAUUGAUGCGGUUCCACAUAUUUUCGAACAUAAGGAUUUUCUCGAUGAACCAGUAAUUUCGAAUGUUGAUCCAGAAGAGUAUGCAUCUUUAAAUCAUACUUACACAUAUGAUCAAAACGAAACUUUUGAAAUAAUUUAUGAAUGGCGUAAAGUAUUGGACGAUUACACAAAAUUAAAAGGAGGAGAAGACAGGAUACUUUUAGCCGAAACGUACUCACCGUUAGAUGUCAAAAUGAAAUAUUAUGGAGCUAACGGAAAAAAAGGAGCUCAUUUUCCAUUUAAUUUUAUUUUGUUUAACUUAAAUAAGAAAUCAACGGCCUCCGAUUAUGUAAAAUACGUUGAAGAUUGGAUUAAUGUCAUGCCAGAAGGGGAGACUGCAAACUGGGUGCUCGGUAAUCAUGAUAAUCCUCGCGUUGUUAACAGAAUUGGUCGUGAUAAAGCAAAUUUAUUAAAUAUGUUUAUGUUGUCGUUGCCGGGAAUAACUGUUACGUAUUACGGAGAAGAAAUUGGUAUGGAAAAUAUCGAGUUACCUGAGUCAGAUUAUAUAAAAGAUGUACGCGAUGCUGAACGUUCACCAAUGCAAUGGAACGACAACGAAUCAGCUGGAUUUACAAGAAAUGUAAAACCAUGGUUGCCGGUGGCCCCUGACUAUAAAACGCGAAAUGUCAAAAUACAACGUCAAAAGCCUUUGAGUAAUUUGAACCAAUUCAAAUUUAUGACCAAGUUGCGCGAAAAAUAUAAUUUCUUUGACAGUAAAAACUUUUCUAUUAAAAAGGGAAGUGAAUCAGUUGUUAUUGUUACUAGGUCAGAGAUUGAAAUAUUUUUCAAUGUUGGAACAACAUCACAAAAUGUGAAGAUUGACUGGUAUAAAAAAUUUGAGGUUUUAUUCAUGAACGAGCACUCAAAUAGACGAAUAGGGGACAUAAUUUAUCCAUCGGAUAGUAAUUAUGUGAUCAAAUUGUUACCAAAUGAAGUUUUAAUCACGAAAGUUUCAUCUUCAUAUUGACAAAAAUUUAAAUUGCGAUUUGGAUUGUGUUUAAAUUUGAUAAACAAUUUAAAUGCUGAAUAAUGAAUGACUAAUGAAUUCGUACUUUGUGGCAAUAUAAAUUCACUGAUUUAAAACUCUUUAUUGAAUAAUAAUUUUGAUUAAAUAAAACAAAAAAAAAAAUAUUAGAUAUUACUUCCUCAAUGGGAGGGCGACUUGGUUUUACCUCCUAAUAACAUCGAAAAUUUUUAACGAAAAAAAUAUUAAGAAAAGCAAUAUUAUUUUGCACAAAUCACUUAUAUAUUAUUUAAUUCCCUUUGUGAAAUGUACUUUAUUAUUUUAUAUUUACCGAAAAUAAAAGUUCGAAGACAUACAAAAGUU